AUGGGAGGGAUGGCAGCAAACAUGCUGCUGCUCGCAGCCAUGGCGUUGCUGUUGAGUAGUGCACCUUGUUGUGAUGCGAGAGUAAGCAAGGAAGAGUUCGAACAUGGUUUUCGGCAUGGAGAAAGGCGUUCUGUGGUUGCCAAGAACCUUCCCGGAAGACCUCUCAUGAUUCACAACCCCGAAACUUUGCUGCUUCAUCAUACAGAAGACAGAGCACAUGCAAAGCUCAAGACUCGAUUCAGACAAGAUUCGACCAUUGCUCAGCAACAGAUUGUGUUUGAGGAAUCAAGCAAGAGUCAUUACCUUGUUCGAGUGAAAUAUCCCGCUCCUCCCGACAUGCUCUCUCAGUUGAGGGCCACCAGCGGAGACAAGUUUGUGCAAUACAUUCCAUACGACACGUAUGUGGUUGCUAUGGAACCUUCCAGGAAACUUCGUGUUGCGAGCAUGAAGCAUGUGGAGACGAUUUAUCACCUCCCGUCGAGCAUGAAGAUAGCCAACGACCUUCAGGAUUACAUGUCGUUGGCGAUGAGAUCGCUCUCAGCCAAGCAGCCCGAGACAGUCAUCAACAGCAACCCCCAGCACCCUGAGAAGCGAGGGACCCUAGACAACAGCCACAAGAAAGACAAGGGAAACCAGGGAAACUCGAAGUCUCAGACCAAACAAGACAAAUAUGGACAAGACAAAUAUGGACAAGACAAAGAGAAGGGAGCACCGGCUGGACCUGAUGAGAGCGUAUUUCUUGAGGCAGCCAUCUCAGUUCAUCCGGAUCAAAUGUCUCUAACCAAUAUGCUUCAAUUGUUGGAAAAUGCUUUCAGCACAAGAUCGGGCAAGAUCGCUCAAGUAUGGGCGAAAACGAGCAGCAAGCUGACAAUUGAAACAAACGCACAAAAUGUUGGGAAGGUUGUAGAGCAUUUGGCAAAUCAAGCAUCGGUGAAAUGGAUGGAAAAGAGGUCAGAGUACCGCACUUUGAACAAGUAUUCUUCCUUGAUCGUUCAGGGAACCUAUCAGUGGCAACCAACCAAAACGAAGCUGGAACAGCUCGGUUUGAACGGAACAGGACAAAUAGUGGGCAUUGCUGACACUGGCAUUGAUUUUGAUUCUUGCUUCUUCUAUGACUCCAAGGUUCAGGUCUCUGUGUGUGAGGAUUGCUAUUUCUACGGUUAUUCGUGCAGCAGCAUGUGCCCUGCUCAACCCAGUCACCGUAAGAUUUUGUCUUACAACUCUUAUCCUCCUCCUCCCCCCUAUCCUCAGCCUUAUGACUCGUAUCAUGGUCAUGGCACGCAUGUGUCCGGUAUCGUUGCUGGCGCCGCUGGUCCCAACCACACUCUUGCGACUCAGUACAAUGGAUCAGCUCCAGGAGCGAAGAUCGUGUUCGACGAUGUUUCGAAUUUUGAGCCUUACCUCAACUACCUGCCAUGGGACCUGAGCUCGAGUAUCUAUCCCCAUGCAUACAACAAUGGAGCAAGGAUUCACUCCAACUCAUGGGGGGGCUAUUCUUAUGGAUACGACUUCCAGUGCAUGGAAACCGAUUCAUUCAUGUACGACCAUGAUGAUUUUCUGGUCGUGUUUGCUGCAGGGAAUAGCGGUCCUUAUCACUUCUCGAUUGGCAGUCCAGGGAAUGCCAAGAACAUUCUGUCGGUAGGAUCAAGCUUGAACUCCCGUGAGUCGUACGUGGCGCAUGGUUAUGGUACCUACUUCAACCUCUCCAUGCUGCUCUCUGAUGGCUCAGACGAGAGGCUGGUUGACAUCCUCCCUGCCUCCUUUGGAGCUCCGCUGACCCCCGACACGGAACCGAUCAACGCUCCGCUAGUCGGUCAAUACUUUUACAGAUGGUGCUAUCCGUAUGAUCCUUGGUGCAUGGAUAUUCAGACUCUGCUGUGCCUGCCUUAUCCGGACUCGAACUCAAGUUGCGCCAAACCGACUUCGUCAAAUGCUGAGAUCUCAACAAGCUUGUCAGACGUGCAUACUGUUGAAAAUCUUGGUAACGUUCAAUCAAGCAUUCGGCUUCAGGAUUAUCGGUCUUGUUAUGUUGACCCUUGGAUGUCAACGACGACAUGUUCGUUCUCAAUGUAUGUCAACAGAACAUCUGGAGGUGAUGUCGAUCUUAUGAUUCAAGUGCCUUUGUCGUACUGGAUGGGCAGCAACAGUGUCACUAAUGUCAAGGGAAUCACUGUUGCUGGCGACUAUGUUCCUAUGGACUUCAGUGUGUUAGGCAGUCAGUCAUGCGGGCAAUCAAUCAGUACAACAUACAGGAUACCGUCACAGGUGUCGGGAACGAUUCAGAUCGUUGUUCAGUAUGACCAAUCGAUGAGGUACUGGUACCCUUGUAUGUGGUCUGGUGUCACCUUCACGAUGAUAUCUCAUGCCGCCACGUCAUGGGACAUCCUGUAUGACUCGUCUAUCUUUCAAAUGUACAACUAUUACUAUUAUUAUUACUACUACUAUCCUCAGAUGUUCAUUGAUUUGAAAAUUGACUUCGACUUCUGCGUAUUUGGAGAAAAUGCAAAAAAUCGUACGUAUCUGACGGGAGGUUCUGUUGCAUUUGCUCAUUCCUAUGAUUUGUCAUUCUCGCAGUUUGUUUUUAACAAUGAAUAUGAGGCAUAUCCAGUUUUCAUGGCGGGAAAGAAAGUUCAAGACAACGGCAUUAAUGGGUACACUAUCUACAUCAAGAGUCAUCACAUGGAAACCUCACAUGAUCAACAAUCGCGAGUCACGCUGUAUGAAAAUAAUAGCAUUACUUACUCUGUUGUCAGCCCGGUAACCGAUGGAGAUGACUCAUUCUCCUUGUCCGUCCGGCAAUGGUACUCUCUUUAUUCAGGAUCGAUCAACAUCAACCAGACGGUGACUUUGACAGGCUUCUCUAAUCCAUUGAGUGAUUACUUUCGCGGCUUCUUUAAAGGCAACAUGGUUGCUUCUCCUUUUAUGGGCUAUUGCGAUGAAGUGCUCAUGGCCUGGAAUGCUCAGAACAUGGGAGCCUCUGCGCUGAUCUUGUACGAACCUUCGAUCCAAUACCCCGCGCCUCUUUUGAAAGGAACAGGAGGACCGAACGAAAUGUUGAAGGAUCAGAUCACGAUACCUGUCGCUGGCAUCUCAGGUUUGGACGCGUUCAACCUCACAACAGGAUGGUUUCAGCAGACCUGCGCUCCAGGUUUCUCUUAUCUCUGCCUCUAUUCUAUGCAGUUGGCCAAGUUACCACUGGUCAGCAACGUUCGCUCAGGACAAGAGUACAAGCACACCGACUUGUCGAUCUUCUCAUCGCGGGGGCCAACCUUUGAUCUCAGAAACAAGCCGGACAUCGUCGCUCCUGGUCAGAACAUCUUCUCCGCUUCUUCCGAUGGAAUCCGCAACAGCUUCCAGUGCGCUAACUCCGUCGGGCUCAACAAGAGCUGCAUCCUCGAGAUGAGCGGAACCUCCAUGGCUACUCCAGCAACCGCCGGGGCAGCCGCCAUAGUGAGGCAGUACUUCGAGGAGGGCUACCAUGUCACGGGCUCUCCCUCAGGUGCGGAUGGUGUCAACCCUUCCUCGGCGCUAGUCAAAGCUAUGAUCAUUCAAAGCGGCAAGCCUCUGCGCCAUGCUUACCAGUAUGGGUCUAAGAUGGUGAGGAACGGCUUGUGGGGCUACCUUCAAAUCUACGGAGGGUCUGGAGUCGCAUGGCAGGAGUCGACUGCAAGCCCUUCAGCGGAGCAGGGGUACGGGCUGCUUGACUUGUCGUCGGUCUUGUGGUUCGGAGCGGAUUCAGACUUUGUGUUGAAGACUUACGAUCGGGUGCAGCUGUCUCAAGGUCAGGUCGUAAAGAAAUGCUUCUCCGUCUCCGGCGGCUCUCAGUUCCGAGUCACUCUAGUGUGGACGGACCCCCCCGGGUCCACGUACGCCUCCAAGGCGCUCAUCAGCGAUCUCGACCUCGUGCUCAUCGAUGGCAGUGGCAACACCUUGUACGGCAACAACCGCUCGGGCUCGGACAUGGACCGAACCAACAAUGUCGAGCAGAUCACCCUGCCGCAGGCUCCCGCAGGCACCUACAGCGUCUACGUGUCUGCCUAUGACUUGCCUCAGGGGUCGCAGAACUUCGCGCUGGUGGUGACGGGCGCCAUCACUGCUGAGCCAGACUGCAGCUCAUCGCCCUCCUGCCCCAACAGCUGCUCAGGUCAUGGCACGUGUAGAGCCCCCAUCUGCGAUUGCGACGCAGGAUACUUCUCGAUCGAUUGUAGUCAGUCACCCAAAUGUGGUGAUGGGAUUUUGACAGCUCCGGAGCAGUGCGACGACGGCAACUCAGUCUCAGGCGACGGCUGCUCGUCGACCUGCCAGGUGGAGCAAGGCUGGGAGUGCGACCAAGAGUUGUGGCCGCAAGACAAGUCCUCCUGCUUCAAGUGCGCGUGCGGAUGCGAGAGAUACUAUGAGGAGUCUGGCGUUGUCAACGGGUCGAGCUCUGUCUACUACAAUUACAACAUGUACAAUUACAACAUGUACUAUGGGCCCAUGUAUUACCCAGGAUAUUACUACUGGGGCCCGCAAUGCGUGUAUGAUAUCGAGCCGACUGGUUUGACGUCUCUUCAGGUUUCGUUUCCUGAUAUGCAGAGCAACGCUUAUCUCAACAUUGAAAUCUACACCUGUGCAAACUCAGACUGUAGCCAAUGGAACUACAAUGGUUGGAUAUCAGGCAGCUACAUGAACUUGUGGUUGCCCGACGCUCAGAUGUACAACUCUGCGUUCAGAGCCAACGUGUCUAAGGUGAGAGUGGCCUCUUACAGCCCGUUCCUGCUCAAGUAUGGACCCAUCGUAUACGACGUGUGCGGCGAUGGCAUCCAAGAAGGGCUGGAGGCGUGCGAUGACGGGAACCUCGUCGACGGCGACGGAUGCUCGUCGACAUGCAAGAAGGAGUGCACGGCAGCACAUUGCUGUCACUUUGACUUGUCACCGCAUGACGUCUUCGCUAAGAGGUACGAGAACGAAGUCGCUCCUGGCGCCACGUGCGCCUCGUUCAGCAUCUCCGACAGCAACAACGGUAUGGGCGAGAUCGAGAUGGCAGUCAUCCCAACCCUCCUGCUCCCUACCGUCUGUGCGCAGUCAGAGGUCGACAGCUCCUCGUCUACCAGCAUGAAGUUCAACGGAUCGUCGACAGCAAGCCAGUACAACUCGGCCACUGGAACCAUCAUGGGCCAUUGGAGCUUGCUCUAUCCCUCUUCCUUGUCCAAUGGGAUGCAGAACAUGGAUGACGGUAACUGGCUGCUCCCUGACUUUGGCUUCGACUUUUGCUUGGAGGGCAAGAACGUGAGAAAUCGGACGUACAUCAGUUCCAACUCCUACAUCACCUUCUACAACGGCUUCUCCUUCUACUCUGGUCUUUCUGCUUCCUGGCCUCCCACACCCACCAUGUUCGUCGGAGGCUCAGAAACGUCGGCUCAGCUCGUGCUGACCAAGAGAGUGUAUGAGGCGGGCAUGCGAGGCUUUCUCGUUCGGUUUGAAGGUACAGCCUCAACCAGCGGUCAGCUCGGCUCGCCCAACAUCAUCUGGGAGGCGACAUUCUUCGAGGACAACCGCAUCAGAGUCUCUGUCGGGCUCAUGGCGAACAGCUACGGUCUCUCUCUGCUGAGCGACGGCAACGGCAAGGUCCUCCUUCCUCUGACAUUCAAGCAAAAAUCAGCUGAGCUCCUGCACCUCAAGAACUUCUGCACCAUGUACAAGCAGCAGGUCGCGUGCGACAGACUUGAGAUGAGCUCACAGGAGGAGAUUCAAGUCUUGCCCAACGAGUUUCAAGUCUUCCGCGGUCGCUCGCUAACUUUGAACUACUUCUCCACCGUCAACAACCGAACCUCCUCGCCAUUUCCCUUCGAGCUGUCAUGGGGAGGCAAGUCGAAGCCCAUCUGCGGCAACGGGCUGCGGGACUGGACGUUCAGCAUGCUCACAGCUGUGAACUGCACUUCGACGACAUCUUACUGGUACUCGUCCACGAUCAACAACGGAAUGGGAGGAGUCUACUACCAGAACUACUGGAUGUCUUCCUGCCAGGUUCCCCUCUGGCCUCUGAUCAACUCAUCGGGGCCCAUGUACCUUCUUGUCGACAUGGACUCGACCUCUCUCUACGGGGGUUCCAUCAUGAACGUGACCCUCAACGGCGUCAGCAUCCCCUUCUCCUCUCCUUACCAGAUGAGCCCCACCUGCGGGAUGAAAGUACCAAUCGUCCUCACUGAAGUUCCUCCCAACGUUGAGGGACCGAAGUUCUCUCUGCAGAUCAACGUCAUGUAUCCUAACUGCUGGUACUGCUCCAACACUCCCUCCUGCUACUACAUCAACGCCGAGGCUUUCCUCGCCGCUCCUUAUGUCUUCGAGCAGUGCGACGAUGGCAACCAAGUGGACGGUGACGGAUGCAGCAGCACGUGCACCAUAGAGCCCGGGGCCUCGUGCGACAGCUCCUUCAGCAUCGGGUCGCUGCAGAGAGGGCCGGACGUCUGCCUCGGCAAGUACGGCAAGCAGAUGCCGGGAGGAUGCUCCAACUGGAUGGCGAUGCUCAACUCGUCGACGUAUCCGUUCCUGUGGGGUGAAGACCCGAGCUACAGGAACUGCUCGCUCCCUUACACGUGGGAAGAGAUCGUCAUUCCAGCCCUCAAGAACUGCUCGGUGCAGUACAAGAUGGGAGGCCUGGGCCUGCUGAUGACGGAUCAGUUUCAAGUUUGGAUCUGCGUGAAGGAUCACCCGUGUGCGUUGAGCGCGAGCAACCCUUACUUCUGCUUCGUCUACGAUGAGAUGAACGCGAAGUUCAUUCCUUGGGGAAGCAACUCCAAGCUUGAGCUCUUCCAACUCGUGAAAUGA